AUGGCCACGUUUCGUGUUUUGCUAUACUGUAGUGGUGCAACCGGAUAUCCUGGUGCUGGUAAAGUGGCGGAGUUCAAAACUGAUCUGGAAAUUCGCUUUGGUCUCUAUAUCGCUUUCGGUCUCGUGACAUUUUCCAGUUUAUCGUACCUCCUGGGACAUUUGUGGAGCCCUCUGAACGGUCUCUCAUUUGUGUUGGCUGGAGCGUUUCGAGAUGAGGCUCUUCUUGAUGACUUUUACUACAAGCGAGCAACUGGUAUGGAUUGCCUAUUGAGAACUCCAUGGGGUUUGAUGAUGGUCGUUGCUGGACAAAUCCCGGCCCUACUGCAUCUUUUUGUUGCUCUCGAUAAGAUUAUCGCAUUUCGAUUUAUAAACUUGUAUAGAGAGCAACCGCUGAUCUUCCGUAAAGAGGCCUAUGUUGCAAUGACAGCUAUAUUGACUGUCGCGCCAAGCCCUGGUGAACUGCGACGGCAGAAUAUGAUCCUGUCACUUGACUUACUCUCCGUGGUCCUGGUAUCGAUUCCAAAUCUAGCGCUGAUUCUGAACCAGUGGAAAGUUCCAGCAAUGAAUCCAUUAUUAGUU